CUUUGAACUUAUCUUCACAACAGGUAAAUGAACGAAUCAUCCAGAUGAUGAGUGCAGAGAAGUCACCAAUCAAACUUGUAUUUGCCACUGUGGCUCUAGGGAUGGGUAGUGAUUUGAGAUUUGUGGAGAGGGUGUACCAUGCUGGAGUUCCAUCAUCUCUUGAAGCAUAUACACAGGAAAUAGGACGAGCUGGCCGAAGUGGAGGACAAUGUGAGGCAAAGAUGUUUUUUAACAAUACUGACAUUGCCCAGAGACAUGUACCACAGUCCUUGAAAGACUUUUGCCAGCAGGAAAUGUGCAGGAGAGAGCUUAUUUCAGAAUAUUUUAAUUCCCCAAUAACCCAUGCUCAGCUCUGUUGUGAUGUAUGUUUGAACAUCUCAAAGUCUGUAAAGUACUUCUUGCCAAAACUUGAAGAUAGAAAAAUUGUGUAUGAUUUCCUUCGAGCAUACAGAGAAUCUGAUUCUUCUGAUAUCAGUAGAUUGGUUCUUAGUGAUCAGCACAUUAUGUUUAUAAGUGAGACUUAUGAAUUUGUAGAAAGUGUGGAAUCUUUAUCGCAAAUGUACAGAAUUCCAAUUGUCAUUGCUGAGGCAUUGUUUAGCAUUACAAAUUUGACCAAAAUAUGAUUUAUAACACUGCAUUCAUUUACAUGCAUACACAUGUAAAUUGUUGCUUUUGACUACUUAUACCUCAGAACUGUUUCACUUGAUGUGCUUCAUCCUAUGAUGAUAUCUGACAUUGAUAACUGUAUUCUUUUCUAUCAAUUAUGACUAUUCCUGCUUUGAUUGGCAGAUUGGAAACACGUGUGCUAUACUUGUACGUGAUGCUUCGUGUUUGACAUGCAAUACAUUUGAAAUAUAUAUAUAGUAUUGUAGUCCUACCUUAUUUUCCUGCUUCAAAUGUCAGAGCAUUUUGAUGAUGUUUGAUCCAAGCUUCAUACUGAUCUGGGUGAAGCAUAUCAGCUGGAGCUAUUAUAUUGUUGAAUUUAUCAAGUUCUCGUCCCAAGACACA